AUGAUCGUUUGGCGCACAAUCGGGGGCCAAGAGGAAGUCAAAACAAUUCUUUCUAUUGCUGAAGAAGAGUUUCUUGUGAAGGUAAUCAAGCUGUAUCAAGAAUGGCAGCAACCAGUCUCAAAGCCAGAUAUUCUUGAAUUAACGAAGACAUACAUGAAACAAUUGGGAAAGAAAACGAAAAAUCAAGAUGGUAAUGAAUUAAAACUGAAUGAUUGGUAUUAUGGAUUUUUAGCAAGAUGGUCUACAGAAUUAAAAACAAUGAAAACGUCACCACUAGAAAAAAUACGAUCACAAUCAUUAACACCAGAUGUAAUCAAACAUUGGUUUAAUCGUUCAAAAUUAAUUAUGGCUAAAUUAAAUUUAUUUGAUCGUCCACAAUCAAUUUACAAUGUUGACGAAAGUGGGUUUUCAGAUCAUGCAGGACGUAAAACAGUGAUUGUUAAACGUUCAACAAAAAUUGCAAUAUCGACUCAUGGUGGUAGUGGCAAAAGCUUCACUACGGUAUUAUUAUGCACAUCAGCAAGUGGCAGGUAAGAAUUAACGUUUUAUCUAAUCGAAGAACGCAUGAUCUAAGAGUGAAGAUUGAUAGUUCAUUUCUAAAGACUGAACUUUAGCGGAAAGGUUUCAGUUAUCCAAAUAGAUCUUCACGCAUUGUCAUCCAAAUGCUUUUAUUUUUUUCUGUUUUAGUUGUCUACCGUGUUCUUCGAUUGGUUCGCUAACAUGUUUAUACCAUGCACUGCAGCUGUUCGAAAACCCGUGAUGCUUAUUAUGGAUGGACAUAAAACCCACAUUUCACCAAGAACAAUCAAACUAGCCAUGGAUAAUAAUAUACAUUUAGAGGUUCUUCCACCGCACUGAACUACCGUUUUUCAACCAUUAGAUGUAGUAACACUGAAGGUCGUUAAAACG